ACCAGAAGAGCCGUAAGAGCAUACAGCCCGACAGCAAUUGCAAUUGCAAUUGAAGGAUCACCAUGUCGUCCGACGAGCCAUUCUACCUGAGAUACUAUUCUGGUCAUACCGGUCGCUUCGGCCACGAGUUCUUAGAGUUCGACUUUCGAGCCGACGGUGUCGCACGAUAUGCCAACAACUCAAACUACCGCAACGACUCCCUCAUCAGAAAGGAAAUGUGUGUUUCUCAGGCUAUGAUUGCAGAGCUGAAACGUAUCAUCCAAGAGUCUGAAGUUCUGAAAGAAGAUGACGCAAAAUGGCCAAGAAAAAACAAGGAUGGGCGUCAGGAGUUGGAGAUCAGAUUGGGCAACGAGCAUAUCAGUUUUGAGACGGCCAAGAUUGGUAGUCUGGUGGAUGUUACGGAGAGUGAGGACCCGGAGGGGUUGAGGGUGUUCUAUUAUCUUGUUCAGGAUUUGAAGGCGUUGGUGUUUUCUCUCAUUGCUCUGCAUUUCAAGAUCAAGCCUAUCAAGGCAGGAUGA